UCGAAACCAAGCACUCUUUGCAACACUAAGAUUCCACCUGGAAUAUAUUUACGUGCUGAAAUUUAGGGUUCUAUAGUGAUAACGCCGCUACCAAUGAAUGAAAGUCAGUUCCGUAUAUCGCCGAAUCUACAUUAAGCAAUGUGCCAGAUGCUGAUAUCACCAAACCGCCGCUGACAGUGAGGAGCCACUUGCCAAGCCGCCGUGUAUUCCCUGCCAUCAUGAUGCUCUACCUCCGUCGCUUUUUCACCCAGGAGUUAUCUCCAGCCGCCCAAGGCGACUUUAUCGGCUGCCUGCAGCAGGCUCCCAGCCUCUUUGCCAGUGGAUUCCCUGGAGCUCCUGUCCUGGAGAGCCUUAGCUGGUUACACAACCUGGCGCCGUGCUUCCCGCUGCGAGGCGACCAAAUCCAGGUCAUCCACGAGCCACAACAUUUCUACGAGACACUAGUGCAGCGCAUCGGAACAGCCAAGCGUCGGAUAGUCCUUGCAAGCUUAUACCUGGGCACAGGGCAGCUGGAGAACGCCGUUGUUCAGAAGUUGCGUCACAGCCUGGAACAGCAGUCUGCCCUGCGGCUUAAUGUGCUUCUGGACUUUACGCGCGGAACCCGAGGAGCCUUAAAUUCCAAAAUCAUGUUGCUUCCCUUGGUUCGUGACUUUGCCAGCCAGGUGCAGCUAUCCCUUUAUCAUACUCCUGAUCUACGCGGAAUGACCAAGCGACUAGCUCCGCCGCGAUGGAACGAGCUUCUCGGUCUGCAGCACAUGAAGGUCUACCUCUUUGACGAUGCUGUCAUCAUAUCGGGCGCCAAUUUGUCCAACGACUACUUCACCAACCGACAAGAUCGCUACAUCCUUAUCGAGGACAAGCCUCUGGCCGACUUUUAUGCCCAGUUCAUUGAACGGGUGCAAGAGUUCAGUUUAGCAGUGUCGCCGGAUGCCAGCGAAGGACUGCAUCGUAACUGGCGCAUUCUGCCUUACGAAGGCACCAAGGAGCAGUUCAUCCUACAAGCCCGUAAACGCAUCGCGGAUUUCCUGCAGGAAACGUUUCAAAGGCAGUCGCUAACACGUGAUCAGAACCCACAGGCUGAUACUUGGGUUUUCCCGCUGCUGGAGAUGGGUCAGAUUGGCAUUCAUCAUGACAGCGUGGUGACCAAGCGGCUGCUAUCUAAUUGCGUGACAGGAUCGCGUCUGAAACUGGCAACUGGGUACUUUAACCUCACACAAGAGUACAUGGACACACUAACACACAAGUGCUUGGCACAAUGCAGCAUCCUAAUGGCACAUCCCAAUGCGAACGGCUUUCAGGGCGCCAAAGGUCCGGCGGGAGGCAUUCCGGCCGCUUACACAUUAAUAGCCAAGAGUUUCUACGAGAGCCUGGUGCGCCGGAAGCAGAAUCACCGGGUCAACUUCUUCGAGUAUGAGAAACCGGGUUGGACAUACCAUGCUAAGGGACUGUGGUAUUACCUGCCCGAGGCUCGACUGCCAAACCUCACGCUCAUCGGGUCCUCGAACUUUGGGGAGCGAUCGGUGAAUCGCGACCUAGAGACGCAGGUGUGCCUGGUGACUGCGAAUAAGGAUCUAAGUCAACGGCUGCAGGCGGAAGCAGACCGGCUAUACGAUCUGUCUCAGACGGCGGAGCGGGAGAUAGUUCAACGACCUGUACCGCGAUGGGUCCAGGCGGUCGUCCGCAUAUUUAGGAACUUCUUCUAAGCUCUUCGACAUCAUAGUUAAAUUUUUAUUUUUCGUUCUUGUUAAGGCCCAUAUCCCAAAUAGUUACUGUAGUUCUUAAUUCGUGUUAAAUCAUUGCCAUGGGCAAGUGAGUGUUUCUAUUACUGGUAAUCGUUGCUUUUGUACGCAGGUUAAAGUUUGUUAAAUAAUAAAGAGAAUUUUAAACGGAAUUGAGGGUAAAAAAAAAGGAAAA